AGCGCAUCAUGGCGCUUCCCCUUUUCAUGCAGCACGUGAAGGACUCACAUAGACAGUAACAGCAGUAGCUCAAUUGAUGACAUCCUUCAGCGAUUAGAGUACUAUGGAUGAACUCUCAACCUUCGAGCGACAUGUGUACAAAAACGCUUCAGUUUACCAUUAUAUGAAGAUAUCUUUAGUUUUUGAGAAUGGAAGCAGAAAUCUUACUGCCGCACAGUUCAAACAAUUGAUCAUCUCUGGACUUAAAGAUCUGUACGGAGAGGUUGGAGCCGCUUUUCCAUUCGAUCUGCUGACGUUUGAUCAGAGCUCACUAACAGCAAUUCUACGUGUGUAUAACAGGGGUCUGGUGAAAUUGUGGAGUGCAAUAACGUUGCUGGGAUGGUAUCAGAAUGAGGCGUGUGCUUUUAGAGUUACACAGGUGUCACCGUUUUUGCUAGCUCUGUCCGGGAAUAGUCGCGAACUGCAGUUUGGAGAGGCUACACGUGCCAUACCUAAAAAUGACGUUUAUUCUUAGAAGAUAUAUUUUCAGCAAAGUCAACUCAGCAUUUUCUGGGGCACUAACAGUUCCCGCUUGCCUCACGGUAGGGCGCAGGUUGCUCUACGUUGGGGAACGAGCGUCGCUAACAAAAACAUUCAGUGCCAAAGAUGUUGCACUUUUUGCUGAGCUGACGGGGGACACUAACCCGCUCCACCUUGACCCUGAAUAUGCCAAAACAACCUCUUUUGAGUCCCCCAUUGUUCACGGAGUGCUGAUUAACGGUCUGAUCUCAGCAGUUUUGGGGACGAAGUUGCCCGGUAAAGGCUGCAUUUUUCUCUAUCAGGAAAUACGUUUUCCUGCGCCGCUCUACAUCGGAGAGGAAGUGGUGGCGGAAGCGGAGGUCAAGAAGAUCAAAAUGUCCUUCUCUUUCAUUUCUGUUUCCUGCGCUGUCAAAGACAAAGUGGUGAUGGAGGGAGAGGUCAUAGUUAUGAUGCCAGAGAACGCACAGGGAUCAUGAGAAUCUGCUUUCAUUUUGAGUGGAUGUUGUUGUUCAUUUUUUGUGUUUAUGUACAAAAUGUGCUCCCAGGAAUCAUAUGUUCUUUCUAGAUUAUUUGUGUUCUUUUGAUGCUUUGGGUAACUAAAUGGAUUUGCACAGUGAUUUGAUUUUCAUAGUAUUUUGUUCUCUGAGGUGCAGUUUAAAUAGACUUUGCGUGCAAAAAUAAGCCAAUAAUGUUUUAUUAUAAACAGUUCAGAUAUUGGCAGACAGCAAGGGUACAUAAAUGUCAUUUUAGACAUCAUUAAAGUGUAGAUGUUCAAGAUGAGAACUGUCAGAAUUAUCACCAUGAAACAAAUGAAAAUGUUACAUGUAAAACAUUAAGUGUUUGGAUUGUGUUUUUGUUUACAGAUUUUUUUAGUAUUCAUAUUCAUUUCUUUCAUAAACACUGUAGAGAGGCAUUCAUUUGGCAUAUUUGCAUUUGUGAAUAAAAUAAUAUAUAUAUAUAUAUAAUGAAAUAAAAUGUAAUACAUUUAAAACAUAUUUAUUUAAAAUGUAAUUUAAAAAUACAAAAAUAAUACAUUUAAAUCUAUAAGGAAACAUACAUCAUCAAUAAGAUGAUUAUUAACAUUAUAGCAAAAAAUAAUAUGCCUAUAAGAUAAACAUUUGUAGAAUAUUGUGGACAACAAAGACAUUAAUAUCUGUCCAAAGCAAUCCGAUUCUUGUUCUUUGGUGUAGGUUAGGGUUAGUUAGUUAACCCCAAGUUAACUUUAUAUGACUAAACUUAACAAGAAAAAACUUGUAAGAUUACUAUAUAAUAAUAAUGAAUAAAAACAGUAGUAAAAAAAAUAAAAGUGGUAUAUAUAU